CUAUGUUGUUUCACAGCAGGGGAGAGACACAAAGGAGUUCUUGCUUCAACAGUGAUUGAACGGAACUUCUCCUUCGACCCACAACCUGUUUUUUAGACUUGAACACUACUGAAAUCUAUAUUUUUCUUCCAUUUUGCUAAGAAAAGCAAGAAAACCAGCCGCUGAAAUGGAGUCCCAAGUGCGUCAGAACUACCACCGCGACUGUGAGGCCGCCAUCAACAGGAUGGUGAACAUGGAGAUGUUUGCGUCCUACACCUACACCUCUAUGGGCUUUUACUUCUCCCGCGAUGACGUGGCCCUUCCAGGCUUUGCCCACUACUUCAAGCAUGAGAGUCAUGAAGAGAGGGAGCACGCUGAGAAGCUGCUGUCCUUCCAGAACAAGAGAGGAGGACGCAUCGUCCUUCAGGACAUCAAGAAACCAGACCGUGAUGAGUGGGGCAGUGGGCUGGAGGCCAUGCAGUGUGCUCUUCAGCUGGAGAAGAACGUCAACCAGGCUCUGCUGGACCUGCACAAACUGGCCUCUCAGCACCAGGACCCUCAUCUGUGUGACUUCCUGGAGACCCACUACCUGGACGAACAGGUGGAGACCAUGAAGAAACUGGGCGACUACAUCACCAACCUCAAUAACAUGGAUGCCAACAAGAACAAGAUGGCAGAGUACCUGUUUGACAAGCACACCCUGGAGGGCAAGAGCUAAACAAAAGGCCCAAGACUGAGCCUGGACUCAGAGACACAGGCUUCAGCUCCAGUUCAUUCGCUAAACAUGAUCUUCUGUCUGUUCUCUCAUCUAUUGUAUUGAUCUCUGUGGUAGAUUACAGGUUAGCUCACUCUAACUCACUGAUUUUAGCUUUGUCUUGUGACAUUUCUAACACUUGUGAUAAUGGCAAUAAACAUUUUAAGCUGGA